AUGACGACAACUCCUACUGCUCCUAAUACUCAACCAUCAUCAACCAAUGAUCAAUCAGUUGCCUCUUCAGCUAGAAUUACUAGGGCCAAGCAACAUCAGUUAGGAAUAGGAGGAAAUGUGAGAGGUUGCCAAAAAACACCUGAAGAUGUUAAAAAGAAGUUACAGGAGGCUGAAGACAAGAAAAAGGCUGCCAAGAUGGCCAAGUCAGGUGAAGUGAAUGAAAAUCCUGAUGACAUGGCGGCGCUACAAGAAAUUUCAAGGAUUCGAAGUGGAAAAAGGCAGUCUGAAGAGGAGACUAUGUUGCCGCCUCAAAAGAAGAACACAACAAAAGGUCCCUUGGAUGCAAUGUACUAUAAAAAACCAGAGGAUCCUAUAGGAAAAGGAAAGCAGACAAGCAUCAAUGAUGCCUUUGAUAAGGAUGCAAGAGCAAAAUGUUGCCAAUACAUAGCUCGUUUCUUUUAUCGGAACGGAAUUGCUUUUAAUGUUGCACAUUCAAAAAGCUUCAAACUGGUGAUUGAAGCAAUAUGUAAUUAUGGUGCACAUUUGAAGCCUCCAAGGUACCAUGAGUUGAGGGUUCCGAUGCUUAAAGAAGAGUUGAGACUUACACAUGAGAUGUUGGAAAGUAACAGGAAAGAGCAAGCAAAAUAUGGUUGUUCCAUAAUGUCUGAUGGUUGGACUGAUACAAAGGGAAGAACAUUGAUCAAUUUUUUGGUCAAUUGUCCGGCAGGAACAAUGUUUGUUAAAAGUGUUGAUGCUUCUGCAUACAUGAAAACCGGACAAAAGUUGUAUGAGCUGCUGGACAGUUUUGUUGAGGAGGUUGGUGAAAGUAAUGUUGUGCAGCUUGUUACCGACAAUGGAAGCAAUUAUGUGUUGGCCGGUAAACAUCUGCAAUUGUCAAGACCAAAAAUAUUUUGGACUCCGUGUGCUGCCCACUGUUUAGACCUGAUGCUAGAAGAUAUUGGAAAAAUUCCAAGAGUUGAUAAGGUUAUUAAAAAAGGAAUUAGUAUUGUGGGCUUCAUUUACAACCAUUCUUUGGUUUUGAACUUAAUGAGGGAGAAGUUGGAAAGUGAGUUGGUUAGAAAUGGAGUCACAAGGUUUGCCACAACCUUUCUUACUUUGCAAAGAUUGCACAAUCUAAAGGCAAAAAUCAGAACCAUGUUCACUUCAGAAGAAUGGUCGAAAUUGAAUGCAAGUAAGGAAUUGAAAGGAAAAAAGAUAGCUGCUAUUGUACUUCAAGUGUCUUUUUGGGAUGAUGUUGCUUUUGCUCUUAGGGCAAUGGGGCCUCUUGUAAAAGUACUCAGGCUUGUUGAUAAUGAAAAAAAGCCUGCAAUGGGUAGCAUCUAUCAGGCAAUGGUGGAAGCCAAGGAGAAUAUCAUGAACAACUUCAACAACAAUGAAAGCAAGUACAAACAAGUCAUUGAUAUUGUUGAAAGAAGAUGGAGUAUUCAACUUCAUCAUCCAUUGCAUGCAGUUGGGCAUUACUUAAAUCCGAAGUACUUUUAUAGCAACCCACUGAUUGAGAAUGAUGGUAAGUUGUUGGAUGGCCUGUAUGCAUGCAAUGAUAAGCUCUCUGCAAGUGCUGAAGUUGUUGAUGAGAUCCGUGGAGAAUUGGCAAAAUAUAGAAUGGGUGAGGAUCAUUUUGGAAGGAGUGCAGCAGUAAGGCAAAGAGAAAAGAUAGCUGCCGCUGAGUGGUGGAAGAGAUAUGGAGCAAAUACACCAAAUUUGCAGCUCCUUGCUAUUAAAAUAUUGAGUCUGACAUGUAGCUCAUCGAGGUGUGAACGGAAUUGGAGUGCUUUUGAGCAUAUUUACUCGAAGAAGAGAAAUAGGCUUGAACAUCAAAAGUUGCAAGACUUGGUUUUUAUCAAGUAUAACCAAAAUCUGAAAGAACGCUACGACAGCGAUGAUGUAAUUGAUCCUGUGGUCUUGGAUAAUGAAAUUGACAGUAGUAAUGAAUGGUUGUUGGGAGAUGAAGUUGAAGCACAACCUGAUUUGGUGUUUGAUGGUGAUGAUUUGUCUUGGCUAGAUGUUGAUAUUGCAAGUGGUGCUGCUAAGCCUACAAUCAACACUAGGAAGCAAGUAGCAUUGCAGCAGAAGAAAGCAGCAACACCUGCACCUAGGCCUCCACAACAUUCAGCUUCUUCAUCUAGGACUAAUCCAAAAAGAAAAGCUGUGAAAGCAGCAACAGUAGUGAUUGAUGAAUUUGAUGGUGGAACAUAUGUUGGAGAUGGAGAUGAUGAUGAAGAGGAUGAAGUGCAUGAUGAAGAGGAAUCAAGUGGUGGAUGA